CAGGAAGAACCAUCAUUCCCUCUUGUCGAUAUCCCAGAUGCCGACCUCGACCCUUCCUCCCUCGCCGAGAAGAAGAAACAAAAGCUCCUCAAAGCUGGCUACGAAGCCCGACUUCGUGCACGCAAGGAGCGCGAACUCAAAGCAAUCAAAGAUUGCAAAGAGACAGCCGAGCGGGAAAAACAAAGAGAACUUGAGGAGAGACUGGAUUUUGAGGCUCGCGAAGCAGAUCUGGAAGGCUGGGCGAGAAAAUUGAAGGGAGAGCAGGAGGCUCUAAUGACCCGGAUCAAAAACCGUGCCAAACGUAGAGCCGCAAUGAGUGACCGGAAGAGCGCGGCCAAGCAGGAGAGGAUGAAGAAUAUCGCGAAUUUGGCCGCUGCUGAUGAAAAGAUGCUUGGGGGUUCUGGGACUUCGAAGAAAGGGGGAAAAGGAACGGAAGAUAUGUUUGGUGCAGAUGAUGCUGAUUGGGCUAUAUACCGAAAAAUCAACACGACAACUACAAUCUCCUCCGAUGAAGAAGAGGACCUGGCGCAACUACAGCAAAUUGAACAAAAACUUCUUACGCACGACCCAACGUUCACAAACCAACAUACUCAUGCGUCAAUUGUCUCACAACGGUCGGCUCUGUUAAACGCGUUCAGACCUGUCUAUGAGGAAGGUGAUGGGGCAGGCAACACCCGUAUCCACCUAACAACCGAACGCUGGCGCGUCUGCGAGGCAUGGUUUUCCCCCUCAAUCGCCGGAGUCGACUCCGCCGGUUUAGGAGAAGUGAUCCAGAAUAUAUUGUCAAGGUUUGGAGAGGAAGAGAAGAGAAGAUUAGUCAAGAACAUCUUCCUCUCCGGCUCCCCCUCCCAAAUUCCCGACAUCGCACCACGUCUCUACUCCACCCUCCGCCCACUAUUUCCUGUGGAGAUGCCGAUAGAGAUCAGAUCAGCAAACGAUCCGGCGCUGGAUGCAUGGAGAGGAAUGGCCAAGUUCGCGAAAACGGAGGAGUUCGCGACGGUCGGGAUGUCCAAGGCGGAGUACGAGGAGAUGGGUGGAGAGAGAUUGAAGCGAUGGUGGGGGAGUAAUUGGAAUGGAGGGUUUUAG